AUGUCUGAAACACAAUCUCGGCCUGCGCGAGGCAGGAGCUCUGCCCGCGGCGGCAGGGCCUCAUACGGCUCACGAGGGCCCAGGAAGACAAACGGCGACAGCGCAUCGUCAAACAUUGAUACAUCGGCAGACCAAGGCGAGCUGGGAGAGCUCAAGAAGCGCUAUCAGUCACAGUUGUCGACACUGAAGGAACUAUUCCCCGAUUGGACCGACGCCGAUCUCGUGCUCGCCAUCGAAGAAUCUGACGGCGACCUGCAGACGACCAUCGAGAAGAUUAGUGAGGGUGCCGUCUCUCAAUUCUCAGAAGUGCCCAAAAAGGUCAAAGACCGAUCCCGCUCAAAGGCAAAAGAAAACAUUCCUAUUGAUGGCGCGUCCAGUCUGCGUGGCCGCCCUGAUGGAGCCCGUCGUGGUGUUGACAGCGGUCGCGGUGGCCGUGGUGGACGGGGCACUGACCGCGGUCGUGGUGGCAUUCGUGGUGGCCGUGGAGGGGCUACCGGUGGACCUCGUACGACUGCUGGAUCAGUCCCGACAACCGAGUCGUCUGCAUGGGACACGCCCAUAGUCGAAGAAGAAGCCAAGGAGGCCAAACAGGAUGAUACGGCCGUACACGCGCCCGACGCGACCCCAGAGGUCAUAAAGCCUGUUGUAGAGGCGAGCAUGGCAGCCGCGAAGAAGACAUGGGCCAGCAUGUUUGCAGCGCCCAAGCCCCCGCCAGCUGUACCCAAGGCUGCCCCGAAGCCUGCCCCCGCCGCUACCCCAGAAGUGCCCGCACAGAAACCCGACGAGACGCCCGCACAAGAAGUUGCACCAGAGCCAGCUGUGCAAGCCGAAGAACUUCCAGUACCCCCGAUCGCAGACGAGGCGGUUCAAACACCCCCAAUCACCGCCGAAGACACGUCCAAGAUGACGCCCGACAAGAACGGAGAUACUACUGCCGACAUUACACUCACACCUUCCGGUGACCAGCUGACCCAGGAGAACGUCGAGCACCUCCCUGACGAGUCCCACCCGCCGCCCACAGAGACGGCUUUUAGCACUGUUGCAAGCUCAAAAGACAUUGGAAGUGCCGUAGCGACCCCAUUGAAUGGUCCGACACAGGCACCAAUCGGCCGCCCCGCCAUUGGAGGUUUCCAGACAACAGCAUUGAAGGCGACAUCCGGAACCCCACACCGAAGCGCCAGUUACCAGAGGAGGUUGAUGGAGCAGCAAGAGGCGGUAGUCAUGCCUGGAAACCACGCUGUGGACAGGGCUGCAGUUCAGUUUGGUAGCAUGGGCUUGGGCGAUGCAUCAGACCCCGACGUUGAUGAAGACAGAGAAGAGGCCGAGACCAGGACUCAGCCGCCGCAACACUCACCUGUUGCCCAGCCUAGGGCUUCCCUACCUCCGGCUCCUCGCCAGGCUGCCCCGCAGGCGGAGACUCAGCAGCCACAGGAGUCUGUCCCUACCCCAAAGCAGGCUCCAGGUCUGCCUCCUGUUCCCCAGCACCAGCCUGUACAACAGUCGCCCUCAAAUGCGCUUGCAUCCCAAGCUAUGCAAAACCAGGGCUCUCAAUCAAACCAGCCCUACAACCAGUUCGGCAGGUAUGGUCAGCCAGGUAUUCAAACAGAAGCCUCCGCCCCUCCACAGAAGCCGUACGAUCCGUUCGGCCAACAGAUCCCCCAGUCGAACCACACGCAGUCACACAGCUACGACUAUCCUGGUCAACAGAGUCAGUCCGCAUCUCAGCCUGGUGCCUUCUCAUCUGCCCCUGAUAGCUAUCCUCCCAACUAUCUCACCUCGGAGCAACGUUCGCAGUACCAAAACUACUAUGGAACUUACGGUCAGCCGAUUGCCCAGACCCAACAAGAAGCUGGUACUGCACAGCAGCGCACUGGCAGCGCAUUCGGUUCUGGACCUACCGACUCGGCUUAUUCGCAGAGUCAAAUCCCUCAGUUGGUCAAAUCUGUGGCGGAUCAUUAUGCCGAGAAAUCCGGACAACCUCAUGUAAAUGAGAAGCUCUGGGCGGAGAUGGCAAAUGAAACGGACAGAUCUCAGGGCAGAUACGGCGAUGCUCAAAACAGCGGGCACAACACACCAAACCCAGCUGCCAUGGCCGGUCAGCAAGGACACGCUGCUCAAGGCCAGCACGCGCAACAUGGUGCUCAUGGGGCAGGUUACCCAUACAACCACCCAUACUAUGGUAGCCCAUACUAUGCCAACUACAUGAACCAAUUUGGCGGAUAUGGCCAAGGAGGAGCAGGUUACGGCUCCUUUGGUAAGAACGUAUACGGACAGCCCCAUCACUAUGGCAUGUCUCCUCAAGCUUCAUUCGAUCAGCACUCGUCUUCUCCAGCCAACGCAGGAGGUUUCGGUGCAGCAUCUUUGCACGAUCGCGGCAGCGGCAUGGGCGCUGCUGGUUUCAGUGACUAUGGCCGCUCCGCUUCAGGAGCCUCUCAGAAUCCUAGCGCCACCACCAGCGCUGCAGCAUUCGGCGCCAUUCCUGACACCUUCACCAGGCCUGGUAACUUCCACCAGAGCUCCUACGGGCAGCAGGGCGGCCAACAAGGUCUCGGUGAUGAGGCCUUGAAGCCUUCCAGUGACUACAAGAGCGGCGGACCCAGCCCGGCAGCUCUUGGAGCUCAGCCCGGUCGCCCAGGCUCUGCUAACCAGAGCACACCCGGCCAGGGCGGUCCUCAGCAGGGCUACGGGGGUUACCCGAGCCAUCUUGGCAACAGCCAGUACGGCGGUCUCGGUGGUCUGGGCCACCAAAACUCCGCAAGCCAUCAGCAGCAGAGCGGUUAUGGCAACUACGGCGGGUUUGGAGGAUACGGCGGCAGCUACAACAACCGCGGAGGCUGGGGUGGCAACUAUGGCCAGCACUAG